AUGCAGACGAAGCCAACUGCUCUGCACCACAACGUGAACAGUACCAUGACGACUGUGAUCUGGCCCAUGGGGGCGCCAUGCUGCUGUGGUGCUCUGCGAGGAACUGUCGCGCUGCGGCGACGCGUAGAAGAGAUCGUGCUGCUGACCUGCGCUCUCUGGCACGACGGUGCCAGGCAGGCCGAGCGCCUUCUGGCCGAGCUGGCCGAGCUGGAGCGCACAGCCGCCCGACAGGGCGCCAGGAUCGCCAGGCUGCAAGAGGAGGCCAGCGCCGUUGCGGAAGUGAUCGGCUCUGGCGCGAGGCAGAUCGAGGAUCUCAUCGCGCGCCAGGAUGAGGCCUGCGCCAGGGAGAUCGAGGCGCUGGGGCACGAGCUGGCGCCCUUCAGGGCGCCGCAUUUCCAGGCCUCCCUGCGGGAGCGCCGGCUGCGCCAGAGGGCGGCCCGGGAGGCCCGCCGCCGCGGCGAGCUGCUGCUGCGGCAGGCCCGCGGCAACGCGACGGAGUGGCUCGACUUUGCGACCAUGGCUGCCGUCGAAGGGCUCAGGGCCGCGUGUUCCGAGGUCAUCCAGACGGCCGAGGCCACAGCCGCCCAGCUGCACGUGGAGGUGGCGCCCGCUGCCGCAGAGGUGCUGGCGGCGAUCGAAUCGUUCAAGGGCGCCGCAGUGCGCGAGGAGAAGUGCCAGGUGCAGCACCUUGGAUGGCUGAGGGCAAACCUGCCGAAGCCCGUCGCCGUCAAGAAGAGAUGCGCCAACCGAGACCUGUACACAGCCUGGGCAGGCUGCGACCAGGGCUGGAGCGGCGUGACCUUCGAGAAGUGCAUGUCGCUCUGUGCCACAAACGCCCUGCCUCGCGGUUGCCACGGCGUGCCACCGGAUGCUACUUGCGCCUUCGCCGUCUGGUUCUCGUCCUCCGGCCUGUGCCACUUGGCGAAGGCGUGCGUGCUGGAGGACUCCCACCCCGACGCAGAAGUGUGGGCCGCGGGCGGCCAGCUGGCAGCACAGGCCGAGUGCCCCUGGGCUGGCGCCCGGGGCGGCUGGUGGCACGGUGGGAGGCCGCUGGCCAGCGCGGAGGUGCUGAACGUCAGCGACCCCUCUGCGUGCCGGGAGGCGUGCUGCAUCGACCACCCUGGGUGCGAGGCCUUCACCUGGUGGCGCGCGAGCGGGGCUUGCCACCUGCACCAGAGCGUGCGUGGGGCGACCUGGAUCCAGGACCUCGAGUGCACCAGCGACGUCAAGCUGAGCAAGCUCGCCGACCUGCCGGCGCAGCCCUUUGCGGAUGUGAGGCCGAUGUUUGCGCUGACCGAGCCCGUCGGAGACGAGUGCCCCAUCAACCUGGCCCACCGUGGCUUUGAUGGUCACCUCGGCGGCGCAUUCUCGUUCAUGUGCACCGUGAGGAUGGACCACCGGAACGCGUGGUCGCGAAUAUUCGACUUCUCUGUGGCCCCCGACACUCAGAGCAUCUCCGCCGGAAGCGUGGACGAUAGCCUCGACCUGCACUUCACGGUCUACCGCGCGUGGUCGAGGCUGAGCACGGUUGUCGUGCCGGACUUCUUCGAGCUCGGCAAGGAGACCACCGUGCUCUUUGCGGUGUCGGGGGCCGGGCGCCUCUCGGUCUUCAGGGACGGGCUCCUCGUCGGCCGGGAGGACGGCCACACGCCGCGCUGGACGUUCCGGCCGCACUUGAUCGUCGGCGGGCAGUCCGGCGGGCACCACAACUACACCGGCCAGGGCUUCCGCGGCACCAUCCGUGGCAUCAGGGUCUGGGCCCAGGAGGUCACCUGGCCCAGCCGUGGCGCCGCCGGCUCCCUCCUGGCGAUCAGCCGGCUCGACGACGAGCACUACUGCGCCGUGGUCCGCGCUGAGCGCGUGGGCAUUGACCAGGUGGCCGUCGAGUACCGCUCGGUCGGCGGAGCCUCCGCGCACGGCGUGGAGCUCCCGACGAACUCCACCCUCUCCUGGGAGGGGGGCCUGGCCCAGGUCUACUCGAGCGCCGACGCCGGAGGCUCGGAACCAUGGGAGGGCCUUCCCGCGGGGCACGCCGCGGGUGUGCUGACCUUCAGCGGCGUGCCGCUCGCGGGGGUGCUGACCUUUGAGUACGGAUGCGUCGGCUACCCGCCGGUCCGCGUCGCGGUGGCGCGGGACUCUGCCCCCGAGCGCGGGGCCGCCAGCACCUCCGACCCCGCCGGCGACUCCGAGGGGGAGGCGGCAGGCGCGGCGGCGCCCGCUGAAGUCACGCAGGCGAUGGUCCCCUCGCCUGCGUGA